AAAAAAUGGAGAGUGUGUGGCACGACAGACAUUUUGGUAUUUUUUUUCAUUGUGAAAAGUUUCUCCUGAAAACAGAAAGUCACUUGUAAAAAUUGUGAAAAUUUUAUUGAAUAAAUCGGGAAAAAAUGACGGCUACCGAUCAAAUGCGGGCCAUGUUAGACCAAUUGAUGGGCACAGCCCGUAAUGGCGAAAAUGAUCGAUACGGACUGAAAUUCUACGAUGCUAAAGUAUGUAAAAGUUUUCUAAUUGGAUGUUGCCCGCACGAAAUUCUAGCAUCGACGAAAAUGCCCAUCGCUUUUUCUGUUAAGAUGUUAUGAGGAUAGAAAAAAGUGUUUGUAGGCGUAUUUAACUUAUAUAAUUCUCUCAAUUUAUAAUUCAAAAAUAACUAUUCGACUCACAACUUCAAUAAUUAAAAUCUCAAAUCUCCGAUCGACUGAACUUCUUGGGCCACCCCGUUUAAACUCAUUUUGGAAUUUACACUUCGAUCGAAUCACGCGAAUAACCGAAUCAAAUUUUCCAAAAAAAAAGUUUUUUCAAAAUCGAAUGGACCAAAAAAUUCAAACAAUUCGAAUCGAAUAUCUGGCAGCUUCUUCAUCUGUCCGUACGUAUAAAAUUAACAUCUUUCAUUAGCUAAAAAACACAUUCGUAAUUGAAUCCAAAAUUACUCAAAUUACUCAAUUUAGGAAGUCUAGUGACAUUGUCUCAGAUAAAAAUGGUCGUUUGGUUGUGAGAGUUUAAAAAAAUCCACAGAAAUUAUCAUCUUGAAGUUAUGAUGUGUUCGAUGAGAUGCCGAUUAUGCGCAUGGAUCUGGGAGAAUGUCCGAAAGUUCAUGAUCUGGCUCUGCGUGCUGAUUUUGACGCUGCAUCAAAGAAGAAGGACUACUACUACGAUAUAGAGGCUAUGGAGCAUCUACAAGCAUUCAUUGCUGAUUGUGAUCGACGUACAGAGGCCGCCAAAACGCGUCUAGCCGAAACACAAGAAGAGCUUACGGCUGAAGUGGCGGUUAAAGCGAAUGCAGUCCAUCAAUUGGCCGAAGAAAUCGGAAAGAAAUUGGCCAAAGCUGAAGCUCUUGGAGAAGCUGGACAGGUCGAAGAGAGUGUUCAGUUGAUGCAAGAAAUUGAAGAACUUCGAUCGAAGAAAAUUCAAGCCGAACAUGAAUAUCGUUCGUCCAUGCCAGCUAGCAGCUAUCAACAACAGAAACUACGCGUCUGUGAAGUGUGUUCAGCAUAUUUGGGUAUACAUGACAAUGACAUACGCUUGGCAGACCAUUUUGGUGGCAAAUUACAUUUGGGUUUCAUGGAAAUUCGAGACAAAUUGAAGGAACUGGAGAAAACUGCCGGACCACGCAAAGCUGAUCUCAAAAAGAGCGGUCAUCGCAGCGAACGGGACUACGAUGACAGUAAUAAAUUCAAAAAUCGAUACUACGUGGGCGGAAGAGAAUUGGACAGACGAUCCCGUGUCCACAGAGAGCGUAGUCGUAGUCGCGAUCGUAAACAUGGGGGAAAAUCGGCCAGCAGUAGCAAAAAGUCUCGUUCACGCAGCCGUAGCCGAAGUCGUAGCCAUCGUAGUGAACGAAGACGAUCGCAUUCAAGGGAUCGAGAGUCACAACGUGAUUCACGUGACCAUCGUAGUCGCAGAUAGAAGGCGUUCAGCAACUCAAUGUCAUUCUAAUGGAAAGUAUUCUCACACGACAUUCGUCGAACUUAAGGACAUCCUUCUUAGGACUAAUUUUCUUCUUCUUUUUGUAAAAAAAAAAUUAAUUUUUUUCUGAAUGAAGUGUUGUGUGUGGACAAUUACUUUGUACAAUUACAUCUUAUAAUAUGGGAUACCCAGCACAUCCGUAAGUAAAA